AUGUGCGAAAGAUAUAUUGCUUAUGGAGAUCAGUUUUACCUUUAUGAACCAAUGCUUGCUUAUCAUUGUUAUGAGUUUGGGAGUCAAUCAAAAAUGCAAAAUGAUAUAGUCUUAUCAAAAAAGACAUUGUUAAGACAAGCAUUGGGAAACACCAUUGAUGAUCGUGAAUUUCAAACUAGUUAUAUUAAAGAAGUAAUCAAAAAAUAUUAUUUAUCAGGUCAAAACGUUUUCAAACAAAACCCAGAAUCAGCAAAACAAAUAUUUCUUUUUGUUGUUGAUAUGAUUGAUUUGUUAAAUGCUUUCAUUCCUCUUCCAAAUGAAUUCCAACAAGUUAAAAAUUUUAUUGUACUAUCUCAUUUUAUCCCUGAAGGUGUUACCCUUGUGAAAGAUAUCUCAAUUCCUCAACAACCUAUUCAAAAUAAUUGUUCCCCUCAUCACUAUAACACUAACCCAUUUCCAGUUCCAAACUCUCAGGUUACUCAACAGAAUUUAUUCCCUACUCCUUCUCAACAGAAUUUAUUCCCUACUCCUUCUCAACAAACACAACAACUAAAACAAAACUUGUUUCCUGUCCCAAUCGAACAACAAUCAGUCAACCAAAAAAAAGAACAACCAAAACAAAAUUUGUUCCCAGUUCCUUCUCAACCAAAACAACAAUUACCUCAACAAAAUAUUAACUUGUUCCCAACUCCAAGUAAUUCUACUAAAGAAAGUAUUACCCCUGUUUUUUCUCAAGAAAUUUCUUCAACAGAAGAAAUAAAACAAAAGACAUUUACUGUUAGUACUAAUCAACAACCAACAUUAUCAAAAUCAGUACCACCACUAAAUCAAUUACAAAACCAAGUUCAUACACAGCCAAAAAAAAAUGAAAAGAUAGAGUAUAAACAAUCUCCUCUUGUUAAUACAAUUCAAAGUCAAAACCCAAUUCUCUUACGUAAAGUUAAUAUCAAAAAAAAUAUUAAAAUUGAAGACAUAGUAGCUGCAUGGAGUAUAGUUAAUAAAGCUAAAGAUUCAUUGCAAAUUGGUGCAAUAGAGAAAACAAAACAAAAAAUUUUAGAGGCAUUACAAUUGCUUGAAAAUUAA